AAUCGUAAAGAGCACACCAAGUUCUACAAAAUUGCCAAUUUUCCAAACUUUUGGGACACUUUCCGAGUAGGUUACCAUAUUUCCUCCUUAAUUGAUCGGACUGAUAUGAAGAUUUUUAUUAUUUUAUUUCUUCGAUACGCACAUUGUGAAGUUAGUCUUCGAAAGCUAACACUGCUGUUUAAGAAAUCAGUUUAUGGCCAUCUUGGAAUCAGUUAUUAAGUUCACUCUUUUUUCUGUUAUAUCGCAAAGUAACUCUUUGCUUUAUUUACAUCACGACCAUCAGUGAUAAAUUAGGUAGACUUUGAUCAUGUCUAGCCUAUAUUAUGACAGUAAUUUCAGAACAGCAUUUCUGCUAAUAACACGCUAAGCACCCUCUAAUAUUUUUCAUAUUGUCUGAGUCCUUGAGGUGUUUUGAUUGUUCUGGUCUUGGCUCAUGACUGCACAUGAUACAGAUGCACUGGAUUUAGUUCGAUAAUAUUCAACUACCGAAAGAGGAAAAAACUAGUUGUUUCGAUUGAAGUCGCUUGUCAACGCGAAGCUCAUUAUUCUACUUUGAAAGUAAUCCAAAGGAGUACUUUGAAUGGUUCUUAUCACAACAAACAUAUCUUUACCAUUAAGAAAUGACUACUACACCAUCCGUUCGUGGUUCUCGGUUCAUAUUUAGGCCUACUGUCCACGACGCGUUAUUUGAAAAAUUCAUACAUUCGUCAGAUGACGAUAGGCGGAAAUUACGUUGCCUCGUCGACAGUUUUCAUUGCUUCCAAGCAAGAUGCAAGCAUUUGUCAUUUGUAGGAAUCGUCACAUGACGAUAGUAGGUCUUAAUGUUAAACCUAAAACGCGUAUUUUUUUUAUGUCAAUUUCAUCUCGUUAUUUGGAGUGCAUUCACUUUUUGGAGUGGCAUCACGUAGCAUGCUUCCUAUUUCAAUUAGGUACUGUGACAAUUGGUUGAAUUUGAUAGCUUUUCUUCCUGACGAUUUUUUUGAUGCUUUCAGAUUCUCAAAUAGACACAUCAGAUAAUUUCUGUCUUAAUUAUUUGGUACUAACUUCUUGCGCGCGGUUUCGCCUGCUACACUGCUCAUAGCCGUGCUUAUGUUUUAUAGCCUAUAAUAUUCUUCCUCUAUGAAUCCACUGUCCAACAGAAUUAUUAAAAUAGGACUAGCAGUUCCGGAGAUAAGCGCGUUUAAACAAACAAACAAACUCUUUAGAUUUUUUAAAUUAUAAGAAAAUAAAUAAGACAACUUUAUUUAAUGUAAUUUAUUUGGGAAGGACAAACAGUGACACAUUACAUGAUUUAUAAAAAUUAUACAUGGUAAUUUAAAUAAAUGUCUAACCAACGCCGUUUUCCAUAGAAUAUAAAUUAAAUCAAUAGGCCAAGAGUAUUCUUCCUUUUCGACUGACCAACAGUUUCUAUUUUGAUUAUUGUUGCAGCGUAUUUACAUCCGCGUGGAAUAGCGACGUUGGAUAAGUUUUCCCGCGGACGUUGAAAAGGACGACGUAGUAUUUGAAACAUCAGCAGAAGCUUCCAUAGUUAUUCAGACAGACACGAAGAACACCAAACAUUGAUAUAUUAUAAGGCCAGCCGCCUGUAAUUUAACUUCGCACCACGAUGAAGUUUAGAUGUCCACGAAAAAUUAGUAAAGAUGACGUGUGUGGUGAAAUCCUGUAAAAACCGCACUGGUUGUAAAAGAAAAGAUCAGGGGAUCACAUUUCAUAAAUUUCCUUAUUCAAAUGAAGUAUGGGUGAAUGAUUGGAUACAAGUAAUAAGAAACAGCAGAAAUGAACAACAUUGGUACCCUUCAAAACGUACUGUAAUCUGCAGUGAACAUUUCGAGGAAAGUGAUUUAUAUAAAACUAAAGGAGGACUUAUUCGCGUUGUCAAUUAUGCCGUACCAACGAAGUUUUUAUUCAAGACUCCUAGUAUUGAAAAUGGACUAUUCGCAGAAAUAAAUAAUUCCACCGAAUCUCAAGAGAGCUCAGUUGUGGUUGAAUCGGCAACUGCGCCAGGAUCUAGGCUACAAAUUAAAUUGGAACCGUUUUCAUCUCAAGAUAAAACGCACCUCUCACUACCAAACUCAUUAGUGGAUGAAUCAGCAACAACCUCAGGAUCUGAGCUAGAAAUUAAAUUGGAACAGUCUUUACCUCAAGAUGAAUCAUCCAUCUUACAACCGAACUCAUUAGCUGUUGAAUCAGCAACUACGUCAGGAUCUAGCCCACAAAUUAAAUUGGAACCGACUUCAUUUCAAGAUGGUACACCCCUCUUACAUCCAGACCCAUUAGCUGUUGAAUCAGCAACUACGUCAGGAUCUAGCUCACAAAUUAAAUUGGAACCGACUUCAUUUCAAGAUGAUACACCCCUCUUACAUCCUAUUCCACCUCCUAUUCAACUUCCGACAAAUGAACCAGCUGAAGAACGUUACGAUAUUGUUCCGCAAGUGGAUGCAACAAAAGACAACUCGCCGGUACCAGUUGCUCUUAUACAACCACCAACGGCGGAACUUAUUCGCGAGAAACAUUACAUGAUGAUGAAGCUGCACAAAAUGCGUACUUUGCUGCAAACGCAAAAGAAGAAAAUAAAAGUUUUAAACCAAAAAGUGAGACGUCUAUCUGAUAAGAACCAAGCUUUAAAUAAUAUUUUAAUACCCCUUAAAAAAAAUAACUUUAUUGAUUCAGAUCUUUUUAAUAGAUUAAACGAAAACAUCGUAGCUGCAGACCUCUUUAAUAAUUACAAUAGAAAAAAGUUAAACAAGAAACUUAGUUAUUCACCGUCUAUGAAAAAAUUUUGUCUGACCCUUAACAGCUAUUCUCCAAAAGCUUACAAUUACGUUAGACGAACUUUUAAUUCAUGCCUUCCUCAUUCUCAAUCACUCUACAAGUUUAAAGAUGAAUUAACAAACAAUGAAGAUGAAGAAAUGAACAAUGUAGAUGAAGAUGAAGAAAUGAACAAUGAAGAUGAAGAAUUGAACGAAGAAGAUGGAGAAGUAAGUAAUGAAAAUGAAGCGGUAUACAUUUUAGUAAAUAAUGAAGAUGAAGAAAUAUAUAAUGACGAUGAUGAUGACACAUGAUACAGAAUAACGUGAUUAAUUAACUAUAAGGACGAGAAGCUUUCCUUUUUAUUUCAAGAAUAAAAAGUGUCGUUAAUACAUUUUAUUGUCUUAUAAGAAAAUAAAUAUGUAUAAACUAGUGUGUCAGUUGUAACUACAUGAUGCAUAUAAAACUAUUUAUAAAGACGUUUUUUCAAAUGACACCUUUUGAAUAUACACUACGCUACACUAAGCAAAUUUUACUAUUUGUUUAUAAUAGAGUUGUAAAACCACCUUUUGAAAAUCACUGAAUAAAAAAUGUUACCUUUUGAAACGAACAGGUUUAUUUCUUUAAAAUAUAAUCAAGUUCUGUAUACUGUACAUUUGGCUUAAAUCCGGCGAGCGAGGAGGCCUUGGCCACCUCUGGCUAUCCACCGGUCACCGCCAUACCACACCGUGCGAAAUGAGGUGGUGCUCCAUCAUGUUGGAAGAACAGCCCUCUUAAAUUUUCAAGAGGAAUACGCUCCGACAUUCUUCUCACACGAGUUUGUAGUAUGCGCAGAUAUGUGUCUCCGUUCAGUCUAUCCAAAAAGACUGGCCCUAAAAUUCGGUUGCAGAGAAUUUGCAUCAGUCCAAUACUAUGCAAUAUGUAUGUUGAACAUACCAACCCGUGUGAACGUGGACUCGUCAGUCCAAAGAAUGUUGCGGACUGCGGUGUUUUUCUCUUAGACAACGACCAAACGUGAGUCUUACUGCGUAAUCGUGUUCGCGUAAUUCCUGUACCCUGGUGGAAUGGUAAUGAUGAAGCCCUUCGCGAUUUAAAAGACGCCAC